AGCCAAAAAAAAAAAUUACGAGAAAAAGUAGAUAAAAUUCACUCCACUUCACUUCCAACUAAAAUAUAUUUAUUUUUUUUUGUCUUGAAAAUUAUUUAGAUCAUAUAUAUUUCAAGACAAAAAAAAAAACCAUUGGUAGGUACCUGCUAAUAUUUACUAAUUUCUUAUAGAACAAAAAAAUAAGUGAAAGUAAAUCCUCUCUUGACUGGAAAAAAAAACUAAAAAAAAAAAAAUGGCAGAUUCCGAUGACGAAUAUGACCGCAAGCGACGCGAUAAAUUUCGCGGUGAACGAAGUUCCGGCGAAAGUUACCGCUCCGAACGUCGAAUCGACGACCGGCGACGUGAGGAAUGGUCAGAUAGAAAUCCCUUCCGAAGUGGUCGAACACGACCCGAUUACCGUGACUACCGAGGACCUAGAGAAAAAUUCUCCCCCGGUCGAGAACUGCCUCCUGCCAAAAGAAUCCGACCCGAUUGGGGCGAGGACAUUCGACAAAAUUCACGUUACGGUGGAUAUGAUCAAUAUUUAUUACAUAAUUGGGGUCAUGAUCAUUAUCCCAAUCAUGCAAUGCAUGCUUAUCAUUUGCCUUCCAAUUCCCAUCCUCGUGGAGGGGGUGGAGGUGAAAUUGGAAUGUCUCUAAAUGAUUUACAAACUCAACCAGCAAUGUUAACACUUAAACAAUUUCUUGAUACUCAAGAAGAUGGUAUAUCUGAUUCUGAUGUACUUCGUAAAUAUGGGGAAUAUAAAUUAGAUUUUAAGAGACAGCAAUUGAAUGAAUUCUUUGUAACACACAAAGAUGAAGAAUGGUUUAAAAAUAAAUACCAUCCAACUGAAUCGAUUAAACGCAAAUUAGAACAAAGAUCAUUUUUGAAACGGCGAGCUGCUGUUUUCUAUGAAUUAUUAGAAAAUGGUACAGUUUCUAAGGUUACAUUAGAUUCUUCUCAAACUGAUCAAUUAUUGCGUUUGCUUGAUACUGUUGUUAUUAAGUUAGAAGGGGGUACCGACGAAGACUUAAAAGUCUUAGAUGAACCUCUUCCAGAGAUUAAAUAUCCUGAAAAGAUAACCGAAGUAGUCUCGUCAAAUAAUGACAAUCGUCCUAAAGAAAUUACCCCAAAAGUCGAAGUCUCUAGCUCACCGAAAAGAGUCUCCCCACGUCGAGAGGCUUCGACAAAUAAUGAAGAUGAAGAAAAUUGGGAUGAAGAUGAUACCCAAGAUCCAAUGGUCAGUGAAUCGAAAUUCAAAACUGACAAUAAGCGAAAAAGGUCACGUUCACAAUCUAGUAACUCAUCAUCUUCGAAUUCUGACGAAGAAGUCGAUGCUGAUCAUCCGAAGCCAGAUAGUUCGACAAAAGAUAAAGAAAAACCUGCUGAAGAAGAAAACGACGAUCGUCGUUCGGAAGAAUUAGAAGAAACUGAAGUUAAAACCGAACUUGUAAAUGAAGCAGAGGAGAGUGAAAAGCCAUCUGCCGUCGUUCCCGAGGAGGCUAAAAAAACAACAACAACAGAUUCUGAUGAGAAGAAGAAUGAAGUUAACCAAGAAGACAACUCCGAUCCAAUUCCAGAUGAUAAAAUCAAAGAUACCAUUCCUAAAAUCGAAAUUGAUGAUACUACGGAGACAAUUGAUUUGGAUAAGGAGAAACCUACAAUACAACUUCAGGCUUUACAUCGUACAAGCUCGAUAUUUUUAAGAAAUCUCGCUCCAACUAUCACAAAAGCUGAGAUUGAAGCUAUUUGUCAGCGUUUUGCGGGAUUCUUGCGUGUCGCUAUCGCAGAUCCUUUAGCUGAACGUCGAUGGUUCCGACGAGGAUGGGUGACAUUUAAGCGAGAUGUUAAUAUCAAAGAGAUUUGUUGGAAUCUUAAUAACACUCGAUUGAGAGAUUGCGAAAUAGGAGCUAUUGUCAAUCGUGAUUUGAGUCGUAGAGUUAGACCAGUUAAUGGAAUAACUGCCCAUAGCACAAUUGUCCGAAGUGACAUUAAAUUAUGUGCUAAAAUUGCAUUAAAUUUAGAUGAGAAAUUUAAUUUAUGGGAUGAAGAACAAAAGAAAGAUGAUGAGAAUGUCGAAACUGGCAAAGAUUCGACAUCGUCUUCAUAUGGAUUUAAAACAAAUAAUCCAGUUUUACAAAAUAUUACAGAUUUUCUAAUUGAAGAAGCAUCAGCUGAAGAAGAUGAACUUCUUGGUAUCGCAGCUGAUAAUAAAGAUUCUUCCGAAGGUGAAACAAUCGAAAGAGAUUCACAAAUAAUAUCUGUUUUAGAUAAAUUAAUUCUUUACUUACGUAUUGUACAUUCUGUUGAUUUUUAUAAUCAUUGUGAAUACCCGUAUGAAGAUGAAAUGCCAAAUCGUUGUGGUAUUAUUCAUGCUCGUGGUCCAUCUCCACAAAAUAAAGUUACAAAUAAUGAUAUACAAGAUUAUAUAAAAAAUUUUGAAAAUAAAUUACAAACUUUCUUAACUAAACCAGCACAAAUUGAAGAAGAAGAAUUGAAAAAUCUUGGACUUAAAGAUCCAACAACUGAGGUGGAGAAAUUUGUUCAAGUUAAUACUCAGGAAUUAGCUAAAGAUAAAUGGUUGUGUCCAUUGUCGGGUAAAAAAUUCAAAGGUCCUGAAUUUAUUAAAAAACAUAUAUUCAAUAAGCAUGGAGAUAAGGUGGAUGAAGUACGUAAUGAAGUUGAAUAUUUUAAUAAUUAUUUGAAAGAUCCGAAGAGACCACAAUUGCCAGAGCAUUCGGGUAAUGUUAGAAGGACGAAUUCAGAGUCGGCGGGACAUCCUGGAUUUAGGCCAGGUGCGGGUGGUGGUUAUAUGGCAGCAGCUUAUGCUCCACCAUAUAGUACAUAUGCACCGCCAAUGAUAAUGGGUGGACGAGGUGGUGGACGUGGAUUUGGUGGGGGAAGGAGGGAAUUGCCAUUGGAACACCCACGGCGGGUAAUAGGUUAUCAUGAUUUGGAUGCACCAACAAAUUUUGACAUGUUUGAUUAAAUUAAUUAAAUAAUGAGAUUGAAUAAAAUUUGCCAGACAAAAAUUAUGUUUUUUUGGUUUUUUAUUCCUUUUUUUAUGUGAUGGAGUAGGUACACUCGACAACACUUGAAUGCGAAUAGACAUAUUGUUUGGAGAUAAAAACGAUUGGCGCUUUGUUGAGGUAACCUAGCAAAUUUUUGAUUUUGGGUUUUCAAGGAGAAGUUCAUAGCAAAGAAUAUUGCAAAGGAAAAAGCAACAACUUAUUGGAUUUUUUAGCAUCCUUUAGCCCUUUGGGACAGUUGAAUACAAACAAAACUCUUAUGGUAGGUAAAUGUAAUGAAAAAUCAUGGACAAAAUUAGUUUCCAAAGAAGAAGAAGAUUGGUUUUGUAAUACAAAUUCUAUAUACAUACUACUGAAAUCAGUAAAGUAGAAGAAUAAGCACUACAACUGAAUAUAAACAAAAUUUGCGUAUUGACAAGGUGUCUCACGAUAAGUCAACUGAUGAGGCCAAGUGAGCUUCACAGGGACGAAACGCCAAAUUUUUGUUUGGACUAAAGGCCGUAAAAAGCUAUAUUAAAUCAAGAAAUUAACUUACGCAAUAUCGCAGUUUGUGUACAUUCAUACAAAAAAUGGACUGAGACUUGAUAUACGGCCCUAUCGAGGUAUCCAUCGGAGGGGAAAUUUGUCGUGAUUUUAUACGAAUUAACUUGUUGGAAGCACACCUCGAAGAAUGAUUCGUAUGAAAUCGAACGCAUAUUUCGAUAGGGCCGAUAACUCAGGGGCUCUCCACUCUGUAUUUUCUUCCGAAAGACAAUUCUAAUACAGUAGAGGAAUAAUUAAUGUCUGGGGUUUCAUUCUUUCCGACAUAAUUAAAAAAAUAAUGAUCAGAGAUAGUGAAAUUGGCCCAAAAACGCAUAAACAAGAUGAAAACCAGUGGAUUUUCAUCACAUGCAAUACGACUAAUUGCAGCAAAAGAAAAUAAGCAGGUAUAUCCAGCAAAGCAUUUCUCUGGGUGCCAUUUGGCCGAGGUUGUAUAUUUGGCAUCCCACAACAGCCUGCGGUUCUUUCGCAUUUUUUCUGAUACAAAUCUCUUCUAUAAAUUAAAUCGAUAUGCAAACACGCGAAUUGUAGAAAUAAAAACAGAAAGUCGUUUGGUAAAACUAAACCGACAAAAAAGUUUUUUUGAGGCUCACAUGCAUUCAGUAACAAUAUUAUUAGAGCUAAACAAAAACGAUAGAGAAAUCGUUGAAAUAAAACGACUAUCGUAAUACGUAAUCACGUUUGAACGAGAAGUAGUUUCAAGGAUAAUCGUUUCACAUAAAAGGGCCCCAGGUUCCAAAAUCCAUUUAAUAAUAAUUCAAUCUAAAGGAAUACAGUUUUUUUGAAUAUCUAAUUGUUAAAUUGUUCUUUUUUUUUAAAAAAAAGGUUCGAUUUCUAAUUUGAAACUAAUUAAGCCCUAUUCUCAAUGAAAACUAUAGGUGAAAUGUGUUCGAAAGUAGAGCUUCCUUUCGUGAAAUUUUAUUUUUGUUAAAGCGUUUUGAAAAAGCGAAAAGGUAGCAACAUUUAUGGAAGAAUUAUGAUUAGAAGCCUUUUUCCCCAUCACACUUCUACGUGAGUUUUUAUUCAGAACGAAACGAAAACUCAGCGAAAAAAAUUAAAAAAGCUUUGCGCCGUUUUGGUUAUGAACUGCCCUUACUUAUUUGCCACGAAAAUCAGGAAAAUUCAUGUAAAAAUGUAUCGUUCAAACGGAAAUCGAUUUUAUUAACAUUGGGUGUCAGCACGUAACUUUGAACAAUGGAGUAACACGAUAGUGGCAGCACCUAUUUCAAUCAAGCAUUUUCCAUUGAGAACCCUCGAUUGAACCAUAUUAGGUGCUGCCGAUACUCGAUUGUAUCAAGUUACGUGCUGGAGCCCCUGGAAUUAUUCAUUUUUAUUUAAAUAACAAAUCUAAACCAAUUAUUUUUGGAAACGAAAUUUACUUUUCAAAUAAAUUUAUUAAUUUAAUAAACAAAUUAUGAAACUUGGUUUCAUUUAUAAUUUAAGCUGCUUUAUUUAAAAGUUGUAUUAUUCUAUGUUAAAAAAAAAAGUUCAAAUUAACCAAAAUAAAACAGUUUACAUAGCAACUCAUUCAUUUACUCUACAUCUUCCGUGAUUAGAUUAAUCAAAUUGUUUUCCCACGGAACCGGCGAGUUUUGAGAUUGUAUGAAAACACUUGCGGCAUGAUCUUCCUCUUUUUGUACCGUGUUGGCUUCACUUUGUUUUUUCUUUCGAUUUCUCGGUUUCUUUCCAUUUUCCGCAGGUUUCACGGCUCUUUUCCUUUUUAAAUUUUUUGUUGUUGUUGUGUUCUUAGCUUUGAUGGGUGAUCUUUUUUUUGUUGGGGAUUUUGAUUUAGAUUUUUUUGUUGGGGAUUUUAAUUUAGAUUUUUUUAUUUCUGCGGCUGCAGCUUUUGCCAUUGCUUCGGCUGCAUCUCUUGCCAUUGCUGUUGCCAUUGCUAUUAAGUAUGUAAAUUAAAUUUGUAUUAAUAUUCUCUUUACAAAUAUGAACCCAACUAAAAAUAGGACAAAUCCAUUCCCGCAGUCAAAACAAAGAAUCUUAACUUAAGUUCAGAAUUUAUAGGGGCUCUGAGAUAAAUUCAGUUUAAUGAACCAAUCAGAGCAUUUAAAGAAAAUCUGAAUUUAAACCCAGAUGGUUUGUUUUGACUCCAUGAAAAAUCAGGGAUGGACUCGGAUAACUCGAUAGUUGAUAGUAAAAAAAAAGAUAAUUUAAUCGCCGAUUUUGAUUAUGAACUAUUGUGUGAGCCGAUUUCACCCCAGGUCAGUCUAAGUGUUAUUGUAUUAAUCUGUUUUUAAUAAACCUUACCUGUUGCUUCAAUAUGGUCCUGUUUUUUUAGGUUCAAAAAUAUCUCAUUUAAACGGGCUAUACUUUUUUGUUUCCUACGAAACCUUUCAUUCAAAGUUUUUAAAUGUCGUUUACUUUUGAAAACCGAUUGUCUUAAUUUUUUGAGUUGUUUUUUCAAUAAUUUUCCAUUCGGAGUCAACUCCGAAGAUGAACAUGAGUCAUCGGAUGAGUAAAGUGCUUUUUUUAAACUCAUCAUCUUAGCCUAAUAAAGUAGAUUUAAAAGACAUAAAGUAUAAUUUUUUUUUUUUAAUGUAAACAUAACUUACACCCGUUUCAUAACUAUAAUCCUCACUAUCAAGACCAUCUGUACUUGAUAAAGGUGACAAUGGGAUAUCUUCUAUAUCUUCAUUUUCAAUCUGGUUUUCUAAUUCUUCUAUAUCUUCUAUAUCAUCAUUUUCAACCUGGUUUUCAAAUUCUGGAGGAGGUUGUAAACAAAUUGUUUCAUUUUGUAAAAUAUUUGCAUUUUGUUGAACAGGAAGAUUAGAAAUAUUUUGUUUUUCUAUUUCUGAAGGUUGUAAGCAAAUUGCUUGUACAGCAGUCUCUGUUUCAUUUUGU